AUGUUACAAAAGAACCCUACAGAGUGCGCAACAUCCCGUGAAUACACUACCUUAUCGCAAAAGGCUGCUGGUAAAAUGGAAGAUAAAAACUGGAAGAUAAGUGAAGUGUUAUCCACUCGACAAGAUAAAGUCUUUUCAGUUGGAUGUUCUUUGAUGAACACUUUUGAGUGCGAGGCGCUCAUGAAAUUUUUGUAUAACAACGCAAACCCAAUAACAGCAGUCUUGUUUUAUAUUAACUUGAAUUACUAUAAUUCAACAACUGGGAAAUUGCCGUCAUUUAUUAACGAAAGAGGAUAUAUCAUUAAAGAAAUUGUUGGGGCAACAACAAAAGACAAGACAGUUGUUUCCGAUGAGAAGAAGUGGAACAACGACAAGCAGAAACCCACUUUUUGUGACAAAAAAAUACAAUAUGAUAUCGAAAGUAUCUGCGAAGCAUUUUGUAGGACUCCUUCCGAUAAAUACGAAACUGUUAAAAAUGAUUUUGACUGUUUAUUGUCAUUCACAGUGAUCGACUCAAUUCAAUCAUUCCCACUUACCUCCCAUAAAAUCGAUGUUUUGGAUCAAUCAGAAAAGAGCAAUGAAGUCGUGCUGAAGAUCUUACACGCAGUCGUGAAAUACUUGACAACACAUUUUCAAUGCGAUUGCGAAAAACCAAGAUUCUUAUUAAGAAGAGUUUUAAUGGGGUUGUUCAUGCGACCACAUAUGCUAAACUUCUUAACACCAGAAGAAAUCCGGGACUUGAUUUCAAUCAUUACUAAACCAUGCAAAUGUACUCAGAUCAAAACGGUUAUCGACAAAAAUUACUUCACUUUCUCUCCAACUAUAUCCGUUAUAAAAACAGUUGUGUUGUCGUCCAUACUUCCUUUUAACAAAACACUUCAAAUUGCAUUACUUGAAAAUGUGGAGAAUGAAAAGAACCAAACAGUGUUGACUUUCAAAACAAAGUUUCUGACUUAUUUCCCGCCACAAGACUUCGAGACGUGUGUCAAGUUAAUGAACUUGGUCCAAACAAAAGGCGUUAUGUCUUUGCUUUAUUCCUCUUUAAAAAAUUCGAAAACGUUACCCGACAAUACCGAAAUGAUGAACAAAAUAAAGGGACUCAAUAAACUCAAAAUUCUCUAUUUUGUUAAAGGAGUCUUGCCGUACCCAGAAAAAAUCUCAAGCGGUGACUUGGAACAAAUUUUGAGUGUUGUGAAAGACUUUUUGAUGCUUCGACACGAAAUUAAACUGCCACCAAUACCAGAUACUUUAGAUCUCGGGGUAUUAGAAUUAUACGUAGACAUCCUCUUCUUUGUCUCUGAUAAGGCAAACAAGAGUAAACCAUCUGUGAAGAGUUUAAAGAAGCAUGGGCUCCCAUUAGUACCACUGAGCCAUGUCAUAUCUGCAUUGUUCAGACACACAAGUGUGACAUAUCCAGACACUUUACUUGGCAAAGUCGCAAUUAUAUAUAUCAGAGAAUUUUAUGAGAAAAAAGAUAUAGAAAACAAGAAAGGAGCCUUGGUGUUAAUCACCCUUUUGGCCACUGCAGUUCCACGAACAAACUUCGCUGUUAUGACUUCACUCUUCCAUGAAGAGUUCAUUACACUUUGCUUGAGAAGAGUCUUGCCGGACUCAUCAUAUCAAUUAAGGAAAGCCUGUCUCACGUGGAAUAGAAUAACACAUAUGGUGGUCAAGAACAAGUAUUACCAAAGCUUUGUCUCAUCAAUGAAAACACCGCUGAGUGAAGACGACUUCUUUUUAAUGUCGAUUUUGCUUCACAGUCAGAAGAAAAAAGUCUUUGUCUUCUUAGCAAAUGCAGUCUCGUCGUUUCCUCGGGUCUCUAAACAAUUUGAAAAGACAUCGUUUGCAGACUACCGCAUCCAAGAACAAGAAAACGAGAGUGAAGAAGCUUUAUAUGGAAGGUUCAGAGGCGCUUGCCAAUUCAUGUCCAGUGUCUACUUCCUCGAAUUCCCACAAAGAACUAACUUGCCAAUCCUCCUUGCAGAAAGAAUACCAGACAACACCAGUUGCGCCCUUGCAUUCAACCAAAUGCUUUCUUUUUGCCCAAAAGACGAUUUGAUUAUCGACGCAAUUGAAGCCGUGUUAAUGGCUUUAUUGAAAGACUUCGAAGAGGACGUUGCUUCCAUCAUUAAGGCAGCCGGGUAUAGUUUAGUCUCAAGAGCUUCACACAGACAAAUCGCAUGUGUGUUGUCUAAAGUCACUCGUUCACAGGCUGAAUUGUUGAAGGCGCUUGCAUUAGAAAAUGAGUCGAAUAGAGGUAAUAAGAACUAA